AUGAUCUUACAUGUUCAAAAAUAUAUGUUAAAUAUUAAAUGUAUACAUAAAUUGCCUAAUUCAUUUGUUCACAGAAAUGCAUAUAAAGUUAAGACAAAUUGUAAAUUAACCAAUUUACAAAAUACAGUUAAUGCUACAAAAUCAUUUGAUGCUAUAAGCCAAAAAAAAACAAAAAUUAAGGCCAGUUAUUAUGAGCGUAAAUUAUUAUUGCUGGAAAAAAUUGCUGCAGCCGAAGAAAAAAAAGCUGAAGCUUUGAUGAGUAUAGCUCAAAGUUUGGCAUCCAGACAAAAUUUGUAA